AUGAUCUAUUCACAAGCGUUUCGUAACGAGAAAUUCAGUCCGGCAGUGGCGCUGUUUAGCGCGGCCGGUUUGAUUCGAACCACGGCCGGCAUACAGCCGUCCAGUGCCGAGCACCAGAAAGUGGCUCGUAUCACUGGUGAAGCGCCACGUCAUGUGCACAUCUCAAGACAACUCAGUUCACAGACGAGCCGAAGUCCGGUGACUACUUCAGCACCAUCUAGUGCUGCGGCUCUUACUGCCGCCAAUCUGAUUGCUAGUGAAACAGCGGCAGCAGCAGCAGCAACAAGCUCGUCUCUAGUGACAUUAGCUGAUACGGAUAACUUAUCAGCCAAUAAAGCAAUUACAAGCCUAACAACCAUACCAAAUGCAUUUGAACGUCUUGUCUGUCCGUAUCUGUAG